AUGUCUACAUCUCUACUGCACCAAGAGUUGUCGACUGAAAAGGGGCAAUCAUGUCCUCCAAUACCAGAUAGCAAUCCUUUAAAUCCAAAGUCACCUGCAUUAAGAACCACCAGCAAUUCUACAAUUCUAAAUAGUCCCAUUGAAACUAUCAAUGUAAAUACAUCAUCAAAAAGCAACAUAUCCGGCGAAUCAACCAUUAAUGGCUCAGCAUAUUCAAACUCCACUACAGUAGUUCAGCCUGAGGUGUUCGGCGAAGCGCACACGACAACUUCAACCCACAAUUCCGCAAGUACCAGAACAGAGAGGAACGAAUUUCCGAAUAGCCACCUACACCAACACCAACAAGAGAGUAGGAACAAUGGUGAAAGUAAUACUCCUAUGACUUCCCCGAAACAUUUCCCCACCGAUGAUUUGAGACAUAGUCUUUUCUACAAAGCAGGAUCUGCAGCUCACCAUAAAUCGGCAACUUCUUCGAAACAGAGUUCUACAACAUCUUUGAAAGAUGGUCUCAAUAAUGCAAACACUUAUCAUUUCCAGAAUACAUUUUUGGAUAACAAUGUCAUGUCAGAUUUGGAAGAAUCUCCUGUCCCUAACGAGAGAAACCCUAUUCAAGACACUGGUCUUGGUCCUCGUUCCCAUGCAACUAAAUUUGGUGUUCAAUCCACAACGUCAUUGCCUACUACUAUACUGCAGAGUAGACUACCAAAUAGUAACAAGUCCAGCUUUUUCCCCUUCAAAUCUUAUACAUCUUCACCAGUGAAGGAGACCAAACAUGUAUUUUUAGAGUACGACCCAAUCACCCGCAGAAAGGUACUUAACACAUAUGAAAUUUUAAGAGAAAUUGGCAAAGGUGAGCACGGGAAAGUAAAACUAGCGAGAGAUUUGAUCAACAAUGAGUUAGUUGCUAUCAAAAUCGUCAAUAGAAAAUCCCGGAAAGAAAGACCUUCGCUACGAAUGCGAAAGAAUUCGAGUGCACCCGUCAUAAAUGAAUAUGAAUUGAAAGUUAAAAGAGAAAUAGCAAUAAUGAAAAAGUGUCGUCACAAGCAUAUAGUGGCGUUGCGAGAGGUUUUGGACGAUUUAAACUCGUUGAAAAUAUAUCUUGUUUUAGAGUAUAUGGAAAAGGGUGAAAUAAAAUGGAAAAAACUACAAUCAGAUGUUGCUAAACCAACAGCUAACAAAUGUUACGAUGCCAACGAUAAUGAAAUUCCAUGUUGUGGCAACGGAAGAAUGCAGCAGCGGCAACAGAGUCUAUUAACCGAUGAAGAUUUGUUGUCAAAUGAGUUUUCCCCAAAUUUGACGUUUAAACAGUCAAGAAAGAUAUUCAGAGAUGUUUUACUAGGACUAGAGUAUUUGCACAUGCAGGGGAUUGUUCACCGUGAUAUUAAACCUGCAAACUUGCUAGUUUCAGCUGACAAUAUUGUCAAGAUUAGCGACUUUGGUGUUUCCUUUGCCACCUCUUUAGCUGAAAAUGACGAAGGGUAUUUGGUGAACGAAUUGGACUUAGCUAAGACUGCGGGGACACCAGCGUUUUUUGCUCCUGAAUUAUGUCAAUUUGACGAUGAAACGGCUACAGAGAAGUUGUCGUCUUCCACUGAGUCGAUGGCACCUCCUAAGAUUGACUACAAAAUUGAUAUUUGGGCAUUAGGUGUAACAUUGUACUGUUUGUUAUUUGGUAAAGUGCCGUUUAAUGCUGAUACAGAGUAUGACCUAUUUCAGGUUAUCGUGAAAGAGCCUCUAAAGUUCCCCAAUUCCAUUAAAGCAUUCAAUCCUCCAGCAACAGUGACAGAGGAAGAAUUUGAGUUAGCAAAGGACCUAUUAUCUAAGAUGUUGGACAAGAACAACCGCACCAGGAUUGAAAUCCAAGAUAUUAAAGAACAUCCUUUCACUUUGAUGGAUUUGGAUAAUGACGUGGAUGGCUUGCAUGAAUUGUUUCAUCUAAAUGGAGACAACCCAGUCGAACCAUUGAGCUUUGACUUAGACGAACACGACAUAGUUCUGAAAGAUGAAGUCGAUAAUGCAGUUAUUGGGGUAGGAGCAAGAAUCAAAAGAAGCUUAGUCAGGGCAAUACGUGCUGGUGGGUUGAAGGAUGGAGAAAUAAGAAACAAGUUUGCGGCUUUGCAACUAGAACAUUCGAGGAGUGAAAAUAGCGAGGAAUCUUCUAGUGGUUAUUCUAACUACAGCUCUAGCACCAGAUUGUUGGGUUAUCAAAACGGUCAAAACUACUCAAUGAUAUUGUCAGAAGGUUUACCAGUUUCGUCUGCCACUCCCCCUCCUGCUUUGUUGGCGGCACAACAGAAACGAUCUUCGUUGUUGCUGCCGAAAAGUGGGGGAAUAUCUGAAAAGAACAACCCACAUUUCCCAUCGUCUUUGGCGCAUCAAAUACCAAACACAUCAUCCCCUUCUACUUGUUCGUCUUCAACGUCGAUGGCAUUCCAAAACCAUUUUUCCUUUGCAGGCAUGAGAGAAAGUGGCAAAAGUCUAUUGCAUGAUAUGAUCGAGUCCAAUAGUAAUAACUCUAGCAGAAGAGGUAGUUCUGCUGGAAUAACUGUUUCGGAGGCUCCUCAAAUUGAAACAAAAAGAAAUGUUGGAGGGGAUUUAUAUUUGAAGAACCAGUCUGUUGUGGAGACUUUCAAAGGGAUACAACUUCAAGAUGACAAGAGAAGACGAUCAAGUAUUUUUUCACUUCAUUCGCAAAUUGGGACAAAUUCAAACAAGAGUUCCUUAUCUCAUGAAUUAACACCAACUCAAACAGGGCUGGGGGCAUCCACUCAGCAACAGCAUCAGCACUAUUCCACAAACUAUUCAAAUAUAGCUGCCCCGAUUCCAGUACCAGCACCUAGGAAACAAUCGACCUCGGAUAAUGAACAAGACAUCAAGGCACCAUUACUCCAUCAAGAGAAGAAUGUCAUGGGUAAGCCAUACUUAAAGAUUGGCCCCAUUAGCAUCGCCAGAGAAGACGAAAAGUCUGCCGAUGAUCAUCCGGACUCUUCCAUUAUAUCCUUACCAUUAAGUGAAAGUUUUGCAUCCUUGGAUAGCAUAAACGAUGACUAUCUAAGUAGGAAGUACGAGGAAUACACCAACAAUAGAAAGGAGAAUUCAAAAUCUGAGGGCAAUGUGCCGGUUAUACUGCUACGGAGAAAGUCAAGUCUUUCAGAAUCAGAUUUAACGAGACACGUUCAAUUGAAAGAUCCUUUUGGUAAAUUUAAACCCGAUGGAAGUGAGAUAGCUGAGAAGUUCAAGGCUUUCAAUCUUGGCAAUUUGAUGAAGACUGGGGGCAAAUUUGCUUUAGCUGAGCAUAACUCUAGUGAUAGUCAGCAGAUAAAGGGGAACAAUUAUCAAAGCAGCGAUGAUGGCAUUGCUCCUAAAGCAAUUGUACCCGCCAUAUCAUACUCGAGCUCCGACUCUUACUCUUCGUGCUCGUCUAGCAGUUUCGAUGACGAAGAUGAAUCUGACGACGAUGAAGAGAAUUUGACGUUGGCAUUUCAAUCUAAAGUUGCACCGAUAUCUAGAGCUAAUUUUCUAUCGUUGACAGGACGGGCCAAAUCACACGAUUCAAACUUGCCAACACUCCGACAAAAUCGUGAAAAAGGUAGACAAUUGAAUCCUGAAUUUCAGGGGCCAAUAAUCUUUCACGAUGGUUUACCAGAAUUUGAAGAUGUUCCAGAUGGUUUAAUUAACAGCAACCCAAUUGGAAAUAAUAAUGUUAAUGGUAACAGUGCAUUUAAUUCCGGCUACAGCUACUAUGACAAUGUUAACCCUACCGUUGUUUCUAGCAAUGUAUCUACAGCCACUUUAACAAUGGGCAUGGCACCAAGCGAGUCAGUAGAGACAAAUGUCGAAGCACCAGCACAGGAAAAUGCUGUAAAGGUUUCAUCGCCAUUGAAUCCCCACAAAAACACCCUGUCUCGGAGUGACAUUUUGAAAGAUCUUAAAAAGAACACAAGCAUUUCAUUCGGAGAAAUCCUUUUCAAUGAUCAGUUCAACAAUCAUUACAAAAAAGAUCCAGUUUACUCACCAUUUCCCUCUGCUAAACAUUUAGAUAAUGAUCAGGAAACAAUAGUAAAGGAAUCAGCUAGCAAAUUUCAUGAACAUAGGCCAACUUACUACAGAUCAAACUCGGUAACCAUUGGGUUAUUGCAUAGAAGCACUCAUAGAGAAGACGAUGAUGAUGUACUGCAAACAGGCAAUGAUCUAGAGCAACUUAUAACUAAAGAGAAACAAGGAUGA